AUGGGUGCGGGAGCAGGUGGCUUGAGCUUACGGGGAGCGCGUCUAUCGCCAGAGGAGCGCGCGAACAGCUCAAAAUCACGAGCUAUUGAUCGAGCACUGUCAAAGGAUCACACAGAUGACUUGAACCGGUUCAAAAUUCUCUUAUUGGGGACAGCGGAAAGCGGGAAGAGCACGAUUUUUCGGCAGAUGAGAGUUCUCCAUCUCGACGGCUAUGCCAAAGAAGAUGCUCUUGAGUAUCUCUCAAUCAUCCACUCAAACUGCAUGGAGGCACUCACACAACUUGUGGAGGCGUGUUCGGCUUUCGGAAUUUUACAUGACAUCACUGUUCAGGAGGAUGUCGAUAGAUUUGAAGGCUUCAAAAAGAAGCUUCGCGAUCCCGAAGGGCUCGUCAUCCCAGUUGUCAUUGGAAGAUGUAUGGAUCGUGUUUGGCAAAGCUCCAGCAUGCAAAUGUGUUAUGAGACUCGCCGCUUCAGAUUUGCUCUUUUGGAUAGCGCAAAAUUCAUGGACAACAUUGUCCGUCUCACCGAGGACAACUACGUCCCAACUAUUCAGGAUAUUGUUCACUGCCGUAUUUCAACCACCGGAAUCAACGAAAUAGCGUUCAAUCAUAAGAAAAUGGAUUUCAAAAUGGUGGAUGUUGGAGGACAACGAAGUGAGCGUCGCAAAUGGAUUCACUGCUUUGACAACGUUGAUAUGAUUCUCUUCAUUGUCUCGAUGAGCGACUACGAUCAAUUGGACCCAGAGGAUCACAAAUACAAUCGCAUGAAACAAAGCUACGAGAUUUUUAAAACCAUCGUUCACUGUGACUUGUUCCGUCAUGCAUCCAUCGUCUUGUUUCUCAACAAGUAUGAUGUAUUUGUUGAGAAGCUAAAAACAUCUCCGCUUCGAAGAAGCUUCAAAAGUUACGAUGGUGAUAACUCGGAGGAGAGUGCUCGCGAUUUUAUAAAAAAGUUGUUUCGUCGAUGCAUCACGGAUCGCCACAAGUUUUUUGUUUUUGAGACGACUGCAACGGAUACUGGAAAUAUUGAUUUGGUCUUCGGCUCCGCGGUCGCUCACAUUGUCAACGAGAAUCUCCGCUCUGCAGGAUUGCACGAGUGA